AAUCAUAGGAUGUUCUUUUAGCAUUUUUUUGGUUUUAUAUUUUAUGAUGUUGAAUAAGAUAGCUGUGGCUUUCAACGAAGCAGCUGCACGGCUCUGUGAGAGCAGUGGUAGCGAGCACUCUUCCAAGGACUCCAUUGAUCUCUCAGAUCUCGUGAGUUCCUUUUUCGAUUGCCAAGUCGAAACUGAUGAAUCGCCGACGUCGUUUUGUCGAGAUCGAGACAAUUCCGACGGUUAUUUAUCGGAAUCCGAGACGAAACGAACGUUGUUGAGUUUGCUUGGCGGUGACGAUGACCGAGACGAGGAUGUGAAGCAAAUAGUCCGGGAAGAGACACAACGUGCAUGUGAGAUGAUGGUAGAGUUCGGUUUAUCCGAAGACUUUAAGCGGCAGUUGAUGUCUCAUCUGCGCCACAAGGGCUUUGAUGCUGGUCUUUGCAAAUCUCGAUGGGAGAAAUUAGGACGAAAUCUACUCUCUGGAAACUACGAAUACGUAGAUGUGAAUAUCAACGGAACUCGCUACAUUAUUGAAGUAAACCUAGCGGAGCAAUUCGAAAUAGCUCGACCAACAACUAGUUAUACUUCAUUACUAGAAGUUAUCCAACCGAUUUUCGUCGGUGAACCCAAAGUACUAAAGCGGGUCGUGAAGUUAAUGUGCAAUGCAAUGAAGAAUUCCAUGAAAAUCGGGGGGAUGCACUUGCCGCCGUGGCGGCGUAACGGAUACAUGCAAUCAAAGUGGUUCGCUCGUUAUAAGCGUACCGUCAAUGAAAUUCCCGUCCGCCCGACCAUAUCUUUCCGUUGCAAAGAUAAUUUUGGUAGCAAUGAUGGGUUCAAAGUUGGGUACUUAGCUGCCGCCUUGGACGGUACUAGCUAGGAUUACAUUUGUACAUAAAGAGAGUAAACUGGUUCAAUAAAGCUUUAUUAUCCUAAGAUGUGGGAGAAGUUAGAUAUAGAUUCUCUAUCAUUCUUUAACUGAAUUUGAGUUCGAGUUUAGUAUUUUAAGGUUUGAUUUGAAUAGUAAGUGUUUUUUUCUGUGAAUAAAAAACAUUACAAUGAACUAUUUAAAGGUA